GCACACUCUUACCCAAGGUUACUGAUAGUGACAUUGGGGACAUCACUUGGUCGGAUCACGCCCCGACUAUUGUGGAGCUCAUUGGAGAAUACCGGCACAGAGGGCGGCCACCAUGGCGCCUCAAUGAUUCACUCCUCCAUGACCAUACCUUCUCUCAAACACUAAAAGACGCCCUGCACACAUACUUCCAAAUAAAUUACACUCCAGACAUACACCCAACAAUGCUAUGGCAAACCCACAAAGUGGUAAUACAAGGCCUGUUAAUUAGCCGCGCAUCUUAUGUAAAGAAGAAAACCCAAGAGGAAUAUCUGAACUUGCUGCCCACAUUAAGAGACACUACUGUGGAGAAUAUAGCAAAUCCUACCCCGCAACAAACACAGGUGAUCAAAGACACCACGACACGAAUCAAGAAUAUGGCACUUGCCAAAACUGCACACAUCCUACACAAAUUGAAACAAAAAUCAUACUCCCAAGGCAACAGAGCAGGUCAACAUUUAGCGACCUUACUGAGACAAAAACAAUCCAACGCCAAAAUACCCAAUCUAUUUACGAAUAAGGGAUCUAAAAUCCACAACCCACAGGACAUUAACGACACUAUGGCAACCUACUACCAUUCCCUAUACAACCUCAAAGACUUACACCAACCUACCUCUUCAGACAUAGAAGACUUCCUCCAGCUAACCACACUGCCAACACUUUCAGCACAACAAAAAAACACUUUACAAAACCCAGUCACGAUACAGGAAAUCCAACACACCAUCCAAUCUCUCCCUCACGGGAAAUGA